GUGCUGUAAUGGGUCUGUUUCACUUUCAACUGUACUCACCAACCAUGAUCUUUUGUUCAUAUGUGGCUUAUGGUUUCGAUUUCAUCUGGUUUUAGCUGGAUUUUUUCUGGGUUUUGAAGUUUCCCUUUUCUUUUACGUUUCCCAUUACCUUUUGUUGAGCUAGUAGUGUGAUGAUGUUCGGAUUGGUUGAUUAUGGUGGAUUAUUUAAUGUAAUUGAAAGAUUUCUGUUGGAUUUUCCUGAUGAUAGAAUUCUUAGUUUAUGAUGUUCCGAGUUUGCUAAGUACUCUGGCAGAAUUUCAAAAAUGGAGUUUUUGAGCUGAUUCUUCAAAUUUUAUUCUUAGUUGAUUGUGAAGAAGAAGAUCAUCAACUGUGAUGAAACAUUAUGAGACUUAAAAAUUGGAUGAAAAAGUGGGGAUUUGACAUAAGAGGGAGACUGUGGAAGAUGAUGAAGUGUAUUCGUUCAGGAGAGCAGUUAAGAGUAGAUGACAUGGUUGCUUCAUCUGAGUCCUUGGCUACUAGGGACUAUUCUGCUAGUGGCUAUUCCUCUCGAGCCGGUGAUAUGGAUACAAAGCUUGAUAACAGCAAUAUUGAGGAAGCGGAGUCAUCUCUUCGUGAGAGUGGCUACCUCAACUAUGAGGAAGCAAGGGCAUUAUUGGGAAGGCUUGAGUAUCAGAAAGGAAAUAUAGAAGCUGCACUUCAUGUGUUUGAAGGGAUCGACAUUGCUGCUGUGACUUCCAAGAUGAAAAUCUCCCUUUCUAGAAGGUGUGAACAAAAUCGACGCCGUUCUCAAAGUGAUGCUGCCCCUCCAAUGUCUUUGCAUGCUGUUAGUUUACUACUUGAAGCUAUUUUACUCAAAGCAAAAUCACUGCAGGGUCUUGGAAGGUUUGCUGAAGCUGCUCAAUCAUGCAAAGUGAUUUUGGAUACAGUUGAGUCUUCAUUACCAGAAGGCAUGCCUGAAAAUUUUUCUGCAGAUUCUAAACUACAAGAAAUUCUAAACAAAGCUGUUGAAUUGCUUCCGGAGCUAUGGAAACUUGCUGGGGUUCCCCUGGAAGCUAUCUUAUCAUACCGAAGAGCACUUCUCUAUCAUUGGAACCUGGAACCAGAGAUCACAACCAAGAUAGAAAAAGAAUUUGCUGUUUUUCUUUUGUACAGUGGCACUGAUGCAAGCCCUCCAAAUCUACGUUCACAGAUGGAAGGAUCCUUUGUGCCAAGAAACAAUAUAGAAGAGGCUGUUCUUCUGUUAUUGAUUCUAUUAAGAAAAUUUGCUUGCAAAAGGAUUGGGUGGGACCCAUCAAUUCUUGAUCACCUUUCCUUUGCCCUGUCUGUUUCAGGGGAACCAUGGGCACUGGCGCAUCAGAUAGAAGAGUUGCUUCCAGGAAUCCUGGAAAGAAGAGAAAGAUAUUGCAGUUUAGCUCUCUGUUACCUUGGAGAGGGUGAGGAUACAGUGGCUUUAAACCUCUUGAGAAAUUUGUUCAAUAAUAGAGAAAAUCCAGACUGCAUACUAGAAUUAUUACUGGCUUCAAAGGUUUGUGCUGAGAAUAUGAUAUAUGUUGAUGAAGGGUUGGCUUACACUUCCAAAGCGCUUUGCGAACUGAAUGGGACAUGUGGUCAGAUGGUGAGUGUCGCAAACUGCCUACUGGGUCUUUUACUUUCAGCUAAGGCCAGAUUAGUUCUUUCUGAUUCUGAGAGGACAUCGAAGCAGUCUGAAGCACUUAAGGCACUUGAAACUUCUGAGAAAGUAAUGAGAGAAAGAGAUCCACAUAUUAUUUUCCAUCUUAGCCUAGAAAAUGCUGAGCAGAGGAAGUUGGAUAUUGCACUUUAUUAUGCAAAGCAGCUUUUGAAAGUGGAGGCUGGAUCUAAUGUUAGAAGUUAUAUUCUUUCGGCCCGAAUAUUGUCAGCUAAAAAACGGUUUGUUGAUGCCGAGGCGGUAAUUAAUGCUGCUUUAGAUCAGACUGGAAAAUGGGACCAAGGGGAACUUUUACGAACCAAAGCUAAACUCCAGAUUGCACAGGGCCAGUUUAAAAAUGCCGUACAGACCUAUACUAAUCUUCUUGCUGUUUUCCAAGUUCGAACUAAAACCUUUGGUGGUGGGAAGAAGCUACUGAAGAGUAGGGGGAACCAUGAUAGAAGGUUGGAAAUAGAAACAUGGCAUGAUCUAGCCAAAGUAUACACAAGUUUGUCUCAAUGGCGGGAUGCUGAAAUCUGUCUUGCGAAAUCCAAGGCUAUCAAUCCUUAUUCUGCUUCAAGAUGGCACACUGCAGGUUUACUGUAUGAAGCAAAGGGUUUGCACCAAGAAGCUUUAAAAGCAUUUAGGGCAGCAUUGGAUGUUGACCCCACUCAUAUUCCAAGCUUGGUAUCUAGUGCUAAUGUCCUCCGACGGCUUUAUAGCCAAUCGACGCCAAUUAUUCGAAGCUUUCUUACCGAUGCUCUUCGACUUGACAAAAUGAACCAUUCUGCAUGGUACAAUCUUGGGCUCCUCUACAAGGCUGAUGCCAAUGCAUCGGCACAUGAGGCAGCUGAGUGCUUCGAGGCUGCAGCUUUUCUGGAAGAAUCUGAACCGGUUGAACCCUUCAGAUAACUCUGGACUGUUAUUUAGUCUGUUUUAAGUACAAAUGUAUAUUGUAAAUUGUUUCCUUGGAAAGGUUAUUCAAUACAACUUAGGAACCCUCUACUGGAAGUUCUGUUGGAUGAUACGGAAAAAGAGGGGAAGAAUGGAGGGGAAGUGUCUUAUGGUGAUUUGCUUACUGAAAGUCAGAUCCCAUUGUUGUAAUCUCUAACCCAAUUCAGCUUGUACUAGUGAAGGGAUACUAUUUAUAUGUUUUGAUUUUGUUUCUUUCGAGCUUACAUGUAUUAAUAAAUUUCAGGAGCUUACAUGGAAAAUGAGAUUAUUACAGGACUGAUGAUGAUAUUUUUAGAAAUUUAA